ACCAUAAGAUCCUUUACGCAUCACACACACGCACUCAAUAGGAAUAGAGGACAUGCGGAGACAAGAGGAGCACGCCAGCCGCCCCAAGGAGAACCUCCAGCCGCGUGAAUGACCCGCUGGCAGCAUGCGCUCCUGGCCGAACCGAACUGACUGUCUCUCUCCCGUUAACUGCAGCUGGGAGGAGAACUACUGGAACUACUACUUUAACGGGAGCUACCGGGGUCCCGUGCCCCCCGAAAACCUCUUCCCCAUCCCCGUUCUAAUGGGAAUCACCAUCACCUGUGCUCUCCUGUUCCUGGCGGGAGUGACCGGAAAUGUAAUGACUAUACUGGUCGUGUCUAAGUACAGAGACAUGAGAACAACCACUAACCUCUACUUAUGUAGCAUGGCUGUCUCAGACCUGUUGAUAUUCCUCUGUAUGCCCCCUGAUGUGUAUCGGUUAUGGAAGUACAGGCCAUGGAUAUUUGGAGAUACAUUCUGUAAGCUGUUUCAGUUCGUUAGUGAGUGCUGCACUUAUUCAACCAUUUUGAAUAUAACCGCUCUGUCCGUGGAGCGGUACCUGGCCAUCUGCUUCCCACUUCGCGCCAAACGCCUGGUCACCAAGCGACGCGUUCGUGCGCUCAUCAUCUUUCUCUGGCUCGUGUCGCUGUUGAGCGCGGGACCUGUCUUCGUUCUGGUGGGAGUGGAGCACGAGACUCGCCCAGCGGCGGGAAACUCUGUGACUGCUGGUGGGGCGGAAGGACAGACAGAGAUAGACACUAGCGAGUGUAAACCCACCCAGUACGCGGUUGAGUCUGGGCUUCUAGCCGCCAUGGCGUUGGUUAGCUCUGUGUUUUUCUUCCUGCCGGUGUUUUGUUUGACUGUGGUGUACAGUUUGAUUGGACGAAGGUUGUGGAAGAGACGGAGAGAGAACAGUAUUGGAGCUAACGUAGCACACAGGGACAAGAGCAACAGACAGACCGUCAAGAUGUUAGCUGUAGUGGUCUUUGCCUUCGUCCUGUGCUGGCUGCCUUUCCACUUGCAUCGUUACCUUAUGUCCCAUUCCUCAGAGGGCUCCUCUCCUCUCUGGUCUCUCUUCACCCAGUACUGCUCCCUUGUUUCCACUGUCCUCUUCUAUCUCUCGGCUGCCAUCAACCCUGUCCUCUAUAACACCAUGUCUAGGAAGUACCGGUCAGCUGCUGCCCAACUGUUUGGUCUACAGGAGACUCAACCACCCAGAGGGAGAACAGCAAGCACUGUCAAAGGAGAGAGUUCACCUGCCUGGACAGAGUCCACUGUUAGCCUGUGACUGUAGCCAAUUUGGAGGGGGAAUGGGCGCUAGAUAUAUACUUCUCUGAUUUUGACAUGUAGUUGUUGUGAUCAAACUCUUCUUGUGUGUUUCUCAUCAGUGACCACUGCUUUCCCUGGUUGAUCAAACAGGCACCAUUAUGGACCAUCAAGGAUUCAUUGGUCUUUAAUCCAAGAGAGCACCGGCUUACGCAUAACGUCCAUGGACGUUGAUUAUUGAUUGAAAUUUGGUCAGUCCGCCCUGCCCUUGCGUUGAACAUAUUAAUUGAAUUAGCCUCAAGGACUCUGAAUAAGACUGUCGCUUUGAUGUCACAACUCGCCCGGCAAAGACAGACAAAGGCGUUUGAGAACAUGUUUUAUAAAAUAUUUAUAAGGCGUUUCUGUCACCCCAAAAGAAGCACACCAUUAGCAACAAAAACUAUUAAACAGCUCUUGAAACGGACACCUAUGUAUUUUCUACAAAUCACACAUGCAACACACGCACACACACACACAAACCAAAAUAGUUAUUACGCUUGCCUUAACUGAUAUGUGAACUGUAUUCUGGAUGACAAAGAAAAGCACUGUAGACCGUGAUGCACUUCUCUGUACCCUGAGAGAGAGGGACUGGAGUACUGUGUGUGUGUUUGUUUAUGUUGAGUGAUUGGGUGUGUUGGGGUAUGUGUAUUUAUGGUGAGUGACGUCGUGUGUUGGUGUGUGUGUGUGUUUAUGGUGAGUGACUGUGUUGGUGUGUUUGGCAGUGUGUGUAGAUAUAGGUAACAUUUUUUUGCUAUGAUAGCAUGUACAGUAGGCUAAUUAUACCGCCAGCCUUACUCUGUAAAUAGCAGCUUAGUAACAGUUCAAUCUGAUUGGUAUUAGUCUUGGCUUAUCUUAUAAGUACUUACAAAGCAGCCACUGCCUUGGACUCCAGAAUUCUGACAUGGCAACCAGGACUCCAGGAGCAUUUCAUGUUAUUCUGUACAUAAAUCCGAGACACUCCAUUUAGUAUAAUAUGUUACGUUUCAUAUGGUAUGUAUUCAUUUGUGGAUGUCCAUCAUUCAUUUCAUAUGAUAUGUUAUGAAUUAGAAUUCGUAUUAUAUGUUACAAAUUUGCUAAACGUACAAUAUGUUAUGAAUCUGCAACACGAAUCUGAAAUGGAUACAAUAUGCUCCGAAUUUGCAAAACAUAUGAUACGUAACGAAUUGUAGCUAGGUGGCUAAUGUUAGCUAGGCUAGGGAUUAAGGUUAUGGUGACGUUUAGGAGUUAGGUUAAAAGGUUAAGGUUAGGGGAAGGGUUAAGGUUAGGGGAAGGGUUAGCUAAAAUGCUAAGUAGUUGCAUAGUGAUCUAGAAGAAAAAAAGAAACGCACACCUAUUAAGGCGAGGUGCUGGCCAGCGGAGUAGAAACUUGAAAAUAAAAGAGAGCCGCACACUCUAGGAGCUCAGAUGCAAAAAUGUAAUACCAACGUUUCGACAGCCAAGCUGUCUUCAUCAGGGUAUAAUCACAAACACUGCGGGAUGACUCGUUUAUAUAGUGUCAAAAGACACAGGUGUCUGUAAUCAUGGCCAGGAGUGGCCUAAUAUCAUUGGUUAAUAAUCAAAUAUUAAAAUGUCAUACAAAGAACAGCAUGCAAACAAAUGGAUAGCAUACGAUCAUAGAUUAAUUUGACUAUACAAGUUUACAAACAAUUACAAUGGCAAAGUCACAAUAAUCCAAGCCAUUCUUGUGAUUAUUGUGACUUUGCAUAGUACCUAAAAAGUAGUAAGUAGUUGAAAAGUUGCUAAUGUGCUAAAGUUGUCCAUCAUGAGAUUUGAACUCGCAACCUUUGGGUUACUAGACAUCUGCAUUAUACACGUACUCAUCAUCCUACAGUGCAUUUGGAAAGUAUUCAGACCCCUUGACUUUUUCCACAUUUUGUUACAUUACAGCCUUAUUCUAAAAUUGAUUAAAUUGUUUGUUUUUUCAUCAUCAAUCUACACA